AUAGGAAAAUUUAAAAUGCUAAAGGAAAAAUUUUCUUAGCAAUUUCACAGGAAAACCUAAGUUUUAAGAGAGGGUAUCAUUCUAACUGGGAACUGAACUAUUGUGACCAGAUCUAUAAUUUAAUAGCAAGUCACAAUAUUUCUCUUUCUUGACAUCAAUUUAAGAGUGACUAUUCACAUAGUAGAGAGAAUGGCUUCGGUUAUACCUGUCUCCAAUAGUUCCAUGAAAUCUGACAGGAAUACAUACAUUGGAAAAAGGUUUGUUCAUGUUAAAAAUCCUUACUUGGAUUCGAUGGAUGAAGACAUUCUCUAUCACUUGGAUUUGGGAACAAAAACACACAACCUACCAGCAAUGUUUGGAGAUGUAAAGUUUGUCUGUGUCGGUGGGAGCCCCAACAGAAUGAAAGCAUUUGCACUGUUUAUGCACAAGGAGCUCGGGUUGGAGGAAGCUGAAGAAGACAUAAAAGACAUCUGUGCUGGGACAGACAGAUACUGUAUGUACAAAACUGGGCCUGUGCUCGCCAUCAGUCACGGCAUGGGCAUCCCCUCCAUUUCUAUUAUGCUUCAUGAACUCAUCAAAUUACUCCACCAUGCACGGUGCAGCGACGUCACCAUUAUUAGAAUCGGUACAUCAGGGGGAAUAGGGAUUGCACCAGGGACUGUUGUAAUAACGGAUAUAGCUGUAGACUCCUUUAAGCCCCGGUUUGAACAGGUCAUUUUGGACAACAUCGUCACCCGAAGUACUGAACUUGACAAGGAACUGUCUGAAGAACUGUUCAACUGUAGCAAAGAAAUCCCCAACUUCCCAACCCUCAUUGGACAUACAAUGUGUACCUAUGAUUUUUAUGAAGGCCAAGGCCGACUAGAUGGAGCACUGUGCUCCUUUUCCAGAGAAAAAAAGUUAGACUACUUGAAGACAGCAUAUAAAGCUGGUGUCAGGAAUAUUGAAAUGGAAUCUACAGUGUUUGCAGCUAUGUGUGGACUCUGUGGUCUAAAAGCUGCUGUGGUCUGUGUGACACUUCUCGACAGACUCGACUGUGAUCAGAUCAACUUGCCUCAUGAUGUCCUGGUGGAGUACCAGCAAUGGCCUCAGCUCCUAAUCUCCAACUUCAUCAGACGGCGGCUUGGACUUUGUGACUAGACAUCCUAACUGGGCAGCCCAACGCUCCCCUGCAAGUUUGUAGCUCAAGUUGUAAUGUGAAAGUCAUAUUUUAUUUGUGGCAUUUUUAUAUAGUUCUCAUCCACAUGCUAAAUGGAAAGACUUUAUGAAAUCCUUCUCUCUUAAAAAGGAAUUUAUUGUAAAAGAAUACUCACACUAAAUUAAAUUCAAAUUUCAUUUUAGAAUAAGUUAAUUAAAUCAGUCUAAUAAUUAAAAUUUUAAAACUCCUGGAUUAUGACAUUUGGAGUUUCAUAUGCAGCAUUAAUUAAGCUCACAUCAAAAUAGACCAGCCAUUUGCAGAUACAGUUACCAGUCACUCUGUUUCUGAAACCAAUCCAGAAAUUCAUGUUAGAACAUUGUCAGGCACUUCUAGGUAUUGGAUAAGUGACAGAAACCGAUCAUCCAUAUUCAAAAUAUUUACAGAAAAAAGUGUCAGUGAAAUGUAGGUCUAUACGGAAAAGUUACCAUUAGGAAAAUAUGGCCAUACUUCUUUUUUACCCCUGCACAAUUUCAGCGCACCACAGAAUAGGAUUAGAGAUUUACAUAUGCCUGUUUGUGAUUUUAUCUCAGAAUAUAACAACUCUGGAUUACAUUUUCCUCUCAAAUGAAAACCCUCAGUAAUGCAAAGAAAGGCCUUCCUUUUUCUUCAGAAUCACAAGUGACUAAAUUGCCUUCUAGCCAUUUUUUCUUGUAAAAAAAGUGUUUUGAGGAGGCUGUAUUUUUUAUUCCAUUUCAAUAUUAACCAAAUAGGCUGAGAAAUUCAUAGCAAUUGAAUUAAGACUUGAGUUCAAGAUGUUAAAGGAAUCCUUUUGUGUGACUUGUCCAGACCGGCCUAUUGCCCUACCCGUUUGAUUCUCUAGGAGGCAUGGUGCUCCUCCUGGCUGCACAUGCUCUCUGUGAACUGAUCGCAUCUUGGGUUGUUCUCAAUUUGACAUACUUGGGAGUUGGAAUGACCGGAUGGGGGAUGGGUGGAGGAUGACUGGCACACUGUAUAGUAUGUAAUGUUGUGUACAUAUUAUUUAUAUGGUUGUGGCUCAAAUAAAGUUUAAUUCCAACACAGUACCGAUUAUUUGGGUCCCAGAGCCAUUGUCACACGUGAUCAAAUGGAGGCUUGGGUGGGAAACAGGUCCUAGGCCAGUUGAGUCUGAAUUGGCCUGCUCCUGGGUGGGGAAUGGCUUUCUCUUUCAAGCAAUGACAAUAAACAAGAGGUAUUUAUCAUCACCAAUAAACAAUCCCCCAAGAGGUA